AUGGCAGAAAAGAGAUUUGAUCAGGCAUCUCAGACCCUCCAAAGCCUUGAAUCUCAAGAUGCCAGCUUUACGUAUGGCUAUUUUUCAGAUCAGUGGAAGCGGCAGAGGGAGGUUCAGCUGGCUGCCAUGGAAGAACAUGGCAUACAACAGAAGCUAGAGGAACAUCUGGUGAAGCUUCUCAACCUGGAAGAGCAGGUGAAAGAUGCACAGAAGCGCAGAGGAACUCGGACAGAAGCUGAGAUGGACAAAUCUCUAACAUUGCCAUCUUCAAUUGUCUCACUCAAAAAGGCAGUGGCUGAUAUCACUUUGGAGUUGGGAACACCUGAGUUCAAUCGCCUCCGGGAGCCUACUGUGGAGGCACUCAUACGUGUGCUGUUGGCAAAGAUGAAGCUAUAUGAGGCUAAGGUGGGAAUAGUAGAAGCCCAAAAAAAGUGGGAUAAGGGUGGUCAAGGAACUAAAGCGCAGCAAGGUCUCAAAACUCUAAUGACAAAGAAGCAAUUGAUGUUUAGGCGAAAAUGGGAAUCCUAUGAAUCUUAA